CGUGUCUUCAGUUCCAUAAUUCAAGCCAUCUUAUAACUUGCGACAUUCUUCCUUUUUCUCUAUUUCGUCGGAUUAAUACAAACUCAUCAACCAGUCAAUCAAUCAAUCGAACGUGCAAACAAUACAAAUCGACUACAAAUAUAAUGAAGAGAUUCCUCGGAAAGAAGACAUCCGAUGGGGAUGACGAUGCGAAUCGCUCCGCCCUUUUUGGGAAGAAGGGCUCCCCAGCUCCGUCGGACAAUCCCUACGCCCAAUCUCAACCCGCAAAUGACCCCUACAUGAACGACAACAACAAGUAUGCCAAUAUGACGCCCUACCAACAAGCUCGAUCGGGCCUUCAGAACAAUCAACCUGUCGGUCUCCCGAGCGGACCUGGCCCUCGCAGCGGAUUUGGUCCCCCUCCUGUUUCUCGUAACGCCAGCAAUUCCUCCUCUGCCACCGCCCCGCCCCCCUAUCCUAACGGGCAAUCUAACAACCAGCCGCCUAGCGGCUACGCCAACAACAAGUAUGGCUCGUCUAUGGGUUAUGGAAAUAAUAAAUACAACAAUUCGAACAACGCUGGUGGUUCAGCUGGACGUCCUGGUGGAUAUGGCGGACUCGGUCGAACCGAUAGCAACGGCACAGAUGCUAACCGAGAUGCGCUAUUCUCUGGUGCCCAGGAACGAUACGAGCAAAAGGGCAACCAGGAUGGAGGUUAUGGUGCUUCCGGCGCAUCUGGCGCAUCUGGCGCUGACUCCAAAUACGGUGGUUACGGAGAGCGACGUGAGCUCACAGAGGAAGAGAAAGAGUACGAAGAAUAUAAGGAUCUGAAGAAGGAGAUCCACGAGACUACUAAAGCCAGCGUCAACUCCACCGAAAACUCCAUGAGAGCCCUGAACCAAAGUUUGGAUGUUGGCAUGCAAAGUCUGGCUCGACUCGGUGCUCAGAACGAACGACUCUAUAACACAGAGCAGCUCGUAGACUCCGCGAUCGAGAAGCAACGCCAUGCUGAUGCUCAAACAAAGAAACUCAAGACGUUAAACCGAAGCAUGUUUGCUGUCCAUGUAAAAAACCCAUUUACAGAAAAGCGAAAGACCGCAGAAGAAGAGACGAGAGUCAUAGCUCAGAACCAGGCCGAUCGAGAGGUUCGCGAGGCUACCAGAAGAGAGAAGUUUGCCCAGAAUUCGCGCAUGGAGUCAAACUUCGCCGAGUUAAACCGAGGACAAGCACCUUCGUCGUUCUCCAAACCCAACAGAAACGACAGGAACAAGUAUACCCUGGAAGAUGAUUCAGAUGAGGAGGGUGCGCGUGACUUGGACAAUGACAACGACCAAAUUGAGAACAAUCUGAACGAACUCCAGAAUGGCACUUUCAGGCUCAACCGCCUUGCAAAAGCCUUGGGCGACGAACUCGACCAGGGCAACAAGCUUAUCGACAGAAUUGGUUCUAAGACCGAGCCACUUGAUGACCAACUGAGAGUGACCAACUUGAGACUGAAGAAAAUGAACGGAGAGUUAUAGAUGAUCCGAGAGUGUGUGCAUAUUUACCAUCCAACGGAAGCACGUUUGAAUACAGACUUUUCGUUUGGAUUACUGACACUCUACAUGAUGGCCUGGGUAUCUAUAGUUCUGAGUAGUCCAUGCGUGGGAGGAACUAGAGUAAGGGUUGUCGCAAUAGAUCAGCAGAUGACACUUGAAUACGUCUCUUGCUUUUCAUCCGAGAGGCCAAACCGUACAUACAUCAUGCUUUAUAGCUAUGACGUAUUUUUACGACACAACAGCCCUAACGUAUAAUAAUAGCACGGCAUUGCAUCCCCUACUGAGUACUUACUGAACCCCUAUCAAUAACC